UAGCUAUUAAGUUUACAUGGGUUUUUGUAAAGGGAUCGUGUUAGAGAGUUAACAGAAACAAUUACUUUAAGGCAAUUAUGCUCGUCAAAGUUAUUGUGGUUUUAUUCAUAUGUAUUGAAGUAUGUCGGAGCUGUGAGGUGGGACAAACUAAGCAAGGAUGUUUAAUCAGGAAUCUCGUGUGUUCGUGUGGUAUUGGAUGUAUAUCUGAUUACAGAUAUGAUACAUUUCAAGAGUGUCAAAAUGCUUUGAAAGGAAAAAAACGAGAUAUUUGCAAAAUCCAUAAUCCAUGUUUACACAACGGUACAUGCAUUCAAAUUUCUCAACAACCAGGCUACCGUUGUAGGUGCGAAGGUACAGGAUAUUUCGGAGCUAGGUGUAGUAGAGUGUGUCCCACUCCAGGUCAAGGAAGAGUCGGUACAAUUUACCCUUAUGAGUGUAUAGUGAUAUGAAGCAAAGCUACUUUUUUACUUGUCAAAUAGAAAACAAGCUAGAUUAUGUAAAAAUAAAAUAUGUUUAUAAUAGUUCAUUAUA